AACGCUGCGUUCCCACAGCUUUGUGACUGGUGUCAUCCACCCGUGGAGAGUGAGUGCCUUUGAACGGCUGCUGUGGCGAGCCUGCCGUGGCUACCUGGUGGCCAGUUUUGUGGAGAUGCCUGAGCCCCUGGAGGACCCGAACACGGGUGAGAAUGUCACCUGGGUCAUCUUCCUCAUCUCCUACUGGGGAGAGCAGAUCGGGCAGAAGAUCCACAAGAUCUCAGACUGCUUCCACUGCCAUGUGUACCCCUACCCGGAGAGUGAGGCCAGCCGGGCCGACACGCUGAAUGGGCUGGUCAGCCAGAUCCAGGACCUCAGUGUGGUGCUGGAGGAGACAGAGCAGUACCUGGCACAGGUGCUGGACAAGGUGGUGCUGGCACUGCCCUCCUGGCGGGUGCAGGUGCAGAAGAUGAAGGCCAUCUACCUCGUCCUCAACCAGUGCAGCUUGGAUGUCACCGAGAAGUGCCUCAUUGCUGAGGUCUGGUGUCCCGUGCAGGACCUUACCCAGGUGCAGGAAGCCCUGCGCCAAGGAUCGUACAAGAGUGGCUCAAGUGUGGAGUGCUUCGUGCAGAGGAUCCCCACCUUGGAGAGCCCCCCAACUCUCAUCCGCACCAACAAGUUCACUGCUGGCUUCCAGAGCAUUGUGGAUGCCUAUGGGGUGGCCAGCUACCAGGAGGUGAACCCUGCCCCCUAUGCCAUCAUCACGUUCCCCUUCAUCUUUGCCAUCAUGUUUGGGGAUGUGGGGCAUGGGCUACUCAUGUUCCUCUUCGCCCUCUGGAUGGUGCUGUUUGAGAACAGCCCCAGCCUGCAGCAGGGCAGCAAUGAGAUCUGGCAGAUGUUCUUCAAGGGACGCUACCUCAUCCUGCUCAUGGGGGCCUUUUCCAUCUACACCGGCUUCAUCUACAAUGAGUGCUUCAGCAAAGCCACUGUCAUCUUCCCCUCAGCCUGGAGCGUGGCCACCAUGGCCAACCACUCCUCCUGGAGCUCUGCCUACCUCGCCACCCACCAAUCCCUCACCCUGGACCCCAAUGUCACUGGUGUGUUCCGAGGGCCCUAUCCUUUUGGCAUUGACCCGAUCUGGAGCUUAGCCACCAACCACCUCAACUUCCUCAACUCCUUCAAAAUGAAGAUGUCAGUGGUGCUGGGCAUCGUGCACAUGGGUUUCGGCGUGUUGCUAGGCAUCUUCAACCACGUGCACUUCCGACAGUGGCACCGGCUGGUGCUGGAGCUCCUACCUGAGGUGGUCUUCUUGCUGGCCCUCUUUGGCUACCUCGUCUUCCUCAUCUUCUACAAGUGGGUCAAGUUCAGCGCCGCCGACUCCCAGGUGGCUCCCAGCAUCCUCAUCCACUUCAUCGAUAUGUUCCUCUUCACCUCCAAUGCUGACAACCUCCCGCUCUACCGGGGACAGGUGCCGGUGCAGAUGGUGCUGGUGGUGCUGGCACUGGUGUCGGUGCCUGUCCUGCUCCUGGGGACACCCCUAUAUUUGUACAACCAGCAGCACAGGCGGAGGGUGAACUCAAUCCCGCCUGCGGCCACGGUGGAGCAAGAGCCACUGCUGGAAGGGCAGGAGGCCGGCAACUCUGUCAAUGCCACCAAGGAAGAUGUGGAGAGUGGGGGGCACGGCCCUGAUGCCAAGCACAUGGACUUCUCCGAGGUCUUCAUGCAUCAGGCCAUCCACACCAUCGAGUACUGCCUGGGCUGCAUCUCCAACACCGCGUCCUACCUGCGGCUCUGGGCGCUCAGCCUUGCCCAUGCGCAGCUCUCUGAGGUGCUGUGGACCAUGGUGAUGCGAAAUGGCUUUGUGGGGCUGAGCUAUGUUGGUGGUGUCGUGCUGGUGCCCGUCUUUGCCGCCUUCGCCGUGCUGACCAUGGCCAUCCUGCUGGUGAUGGAGGGGCUCUCCGCCUUCCUUCAUGCCCUUCGCCUGCACUGGGUGGAGUUUCAGAAUAAGUUUUACGUGGGUGCUGGCUACAAGCUGUGCCCCUUCACCUUCUCACCCGAUCCCUGGGAGUAACUGAACUGUGCCACAUGGACCUGGAGGGCUCCAUGUUGCUGGGACCCCCCAGUGCCAUGUGACGGGGGAGGGGGGGUUGGAUGCAUGCUCCCUGGCCCCGUCCUCUCCUUUUCCAAGCCUAGAGAUUUCUGCAGUAAAUAAAGCCCCUGGCUCCCUG